AUGUCGGUCGCUGCCUCCUUCCCUAAGCACACGUCCUUCUCUAUGCGGGCGUCCUUUGCUCCAGCUGACGGCUUGCCUGAGACUGAGAACAACGCUGGGGAGCCGGAGAAUACCUAUAUUCUGCGGCCCAUUUUCCAGCAAAGGUUCAGACCCUCUGUGGUUAAAGACUGUAUCCAUGCUGUACUCAAGGAGGAACUGGCCAAUGCUGAAUACUCUCCAGAAGAAAUGCCUCAGCUCACAAAACGUUUAUCAGAAAAUAUUAAAGAUAAAUUAAAAGAAAUGGGAUUUGACCGAUAUAAAAUGGUGGUACAAGUAGUGAUUGGAGAACAGAGAGGAGAAGGUGUAUUCAUGUCUGCUCGCUGUUUCUGGGAUGCUGACACUGACAACUGUACUCAUGAUGUUUUCAUGAAUGACAGUUUAUUCUGUGUUGUAGCGGCAUUUGGCUGUUUCUACUAUUGA